CUCGCCAUCGCCAUACCCAGACCUUCACCACUUCUCCAACCCAACCAGAUACCCAGAUCCUAAUUAGAGGAAGAUACUUAAGAUGCCUCUCGACGGGGUCAAGAAUGUUGUGCUGGUCCUCUCCGGCAAAGGCGGCGUCGGCAAAUCCAGCGUAACGCUACAACUCGCCCUCGCGCUCACCCUUCAAGGCAAAUCCGUCGGUAUCCUAGACAUCGAUCUCACCGGGCCCUCAAUUCCCCGUUUAGUCGGUCUCGAAGACGCAAAAAUCACCCAAGCGCCGGGCGGUUGGCUUCCUGUCCCCGUUCACCCAUCCACCAUUACCUCCUCCUCCUCACAACCAGACUCCUCCACCACCACAACGACAACAGAAGAAAGCCCCAUCAAACAUGGCUCCCUCCGGUGCAUGUCCCUGGGAUUCCUUCUCCGAUCCCGCUCAGACGCCGUAAUCUGGCGGGGCCCCAAAAAGACCGCCAUGAUCCGACAAUUCCUCUCGGACGUGCUAUGGAAUGAAACCGAUUACUUGCUUAUUGAUACGCCUCCUGGAACGAGUGAUGAGCAUAUUGCUCUUGCGGAGCAGCUUUUGACGCUUUGUACGAUUGAUGCUGCUUCUUCCUCAGCGAGUGGAUUGCCUCGGCUUGCUGGUGCGGUGCUGGUUACUACACCGCAGGCGGUGGCGACGUCUGAUGUACGGAAAGAGGUGAAUUUCUGUGUGAAGACGAGGAUUCCGAUGUUGGGUGUGGUGGAGAAUAUGUCGGGGUAUACGUGUCCGUGUUGUGGGGAGGUGACGAAUCUGUUUUCGAGUGGUGGGGGGCAGGUCCUGGCGGAGGAGAUGGGGGUGAGGUUUUUGGGGAAGGUGCCGGUUGAUGUUGGGUUUGGGGAGUUGGUGGAGGGGAAGGUUGGUGGGGAGGAGGAGGAUAGUGAGGAUGAGGAUGAGGAUGGAAGUGCUGGUAAGGCUGAUGGGGAGAAGAAGGAGGAAGAGAAGGAUGAGAGGCCGUUGGUGGAGAGGUAUCGGGAGUGUUGGUCGUAUGCACGGUUCGAGGAAUUUUCGAAGACGUUGAUAGCGGAGAUUGAGGGGUGAUGAUGAUGGAGUUAGUAGUAUAUAUAGGGGUUACGUUAGAGCAUGUGUCAUGGGUGGCGUCUUUUGGCAUGGGUGUAGAGUGAUACGAGAUCAUGAUUUACUAUGAAAGAAAAGUACUGGUACUCAUCAAAUGUGAGUGGCGUAGUCAUCAGUCAUUAUAUGUCGUGGGUAGCAUCGCUGCCUAGUAAUUCUGCCGUGUAUAGAUAACAUCGUAUAUCAUAUCAUAAUAAUCAUCACCACCGUUCCUCGUCAUUUCAUACAUUCCCGCGAGCAACAUCAUUACCAUCACGCAUUUGAAAUAGUUUGGUCUCUUUCGAGCAUCGCUCGU